AGCUUGGUAUGGCUGCUGAAGGAGAAGUCAACGUCGAUAACCUGAUCGCCAGGUUGUUGGAAGUGCGCGGAUGUCGGCCUGGCAAGACCGUUCCUAUGACCGAGAACGAAAUACGUAUAUUGUGUAACAAAUCCCGCGAAAUCUUCCUCAGUCAGCCGAUUCUAUUGGAGUUGGAAGCUCCUUUAAAGAUUUGCGGAGAUAUUCACGGCCAAUACAACGACCUGCUACGUUUAUUCGAGUACGGCGGCUUUCCACCGGACGCUAACUACUUGUUCUUGGGCGACUACGUAGAUCGGGGCAAGCAGUCGUUGGAGACCAUCUGUCUGCUGCUUGCCUACAAAAUCAAAUACCCGGAAAACUUCUUCCUCCUUCGAGGCAACCACGAAUGCGCUAGCAUAAAUCGUAUUUAUGGAUUCUAUGACGAAUGUGAGUGUGGAUCGUUAGUUGAUUUAGUGUCAUUUUCAUUUGUUGAUGUUUGCAUUUGCGAUCUUCACUAAAU